AUGGCGGACACCGUCGAAGAGACCAAGAGCUCCAUCGCCGGAGAGGGACAGGCAAAUGCGAACGCUGGGAUCGGAGGGAAGGGCAGCGCAGAAAGUUCGAGUAAGAAAACCGAGAAAAAGGCACCGAAGAAGUUGGGCAACAAGAAACCUCAGCAACAGCCCACUCCUGAAGCCACUCCCGCCCCCGAAAGUGAUGCUGAAGGAGAGGCUGAGCAAGAGGACGCAGAGCGAAAACAAACCAACGGCGCCGCCGACGACUCCGACCCCGAGCCGCAGCUGGCAAAGUCACAGUCGAGACGCCGCCAAUCUCGUGGACGCGGACGACGAGGUGCCGACUCGGACAACGACUCUGUUGGGCGAUCCGAUGUCUCUGCUUCCGGUGGCCGUCGUAACCGCCAGCGCCAGAAGAAGCAGCAGGGCGGCGGCGGAGGCCCGCUGGGCGACAUCAGCGAAAACGUCCCUGGCGGCGAGCUCGUUGGAGGUGCCGGUGACAUGGUCCAGAACACGGCCGGCAACGCUGUCAAUCAGGUCGGAAACACGGCUGGCAAGGCCCUCGGGGGCUUGACUGGUGGUGGCGGCGGCGAGGAAGAGGACAGCAAGGGUGAACAGCUCCGUUUGAGACUGGAGCUCAAUCUCGAUAUCGAAGUUCAGCUGAAAGCUAAGAUCCACGGUGACCUCACUUUGGGAUUGCUCAACUAAGCGCAAAGUUCGUUUUCAUUUGUUGUACGGCUGAAUGAUAUUUGGAGCUCCGCUUCCCUGAUCUUCUUGGAUGGCGUUUUGGUUGGGACAUCCAAUAGUGUAAUUACUACGGCUUCACAUUUACAUAGAAAAUCUACGUGCCCUUGAUCGCUGCGCG